AUGUGUGAAGUUUUUGGACUGGCAGACCUUGUUGCGAGAGUUUUCUAUAACAAGAAUGCAUCAACGGUGAAACUUGAAUAUCAGUUUCGUACCAACCAGUCUCCUGAAGGCGGAUCAUGUUCUGUAGAUCCGACGUCUGGCCAGGCUCUCAUCACCAAAUUCACUGUGUCCUGUCCUGGGUACAAGGACGAUGACUCACCUUUAACAUACAGUGUCUACCUGAACAAGAAAGGCAAAUCAGAUACUCUCUUGUAUCAAGGAAACGAAGAAACAACUAGUUUAGUACUUCCUGCGGGGCCACCACAGUCCGAUUCGUGGCUCCAGUUAACAGUUCACAUUUCAGACUCUUUGGAUACCAUUACAAACUUCACGUUAAGAGCAAAGGUUCAGACCCCAAAGGAUGAUAAAAGGACAUUUCUAGAAUGGUUGAAUGAUGUUUCUAAGCAAGCCAUUCAAGAGAAACCAUCAGAAUUUCUUCAAAAAUCAUUGGGUAUUGUGGAUAUGCUUGAGACAGUAAAAACAGAAGCAAAUACUUCAGCUGCAGAAAAGAAAAGAAAGAUUCGUGAGCUGUUGCUGAACAAUCUUAAGACUACUAAAGAUCCAGAUAAAGGAAUACUUCUUCAGAUGAGUGACCUGUUUAACAAGUUAAUUGCACAGGAAGACGACAUAUCGCCUACAAUGGAGAAUUAUGCUUUGACUACGACCACCAACCUAGCAGGUUCUUUAAAGGAGAUAACGAAAUGUCAACCUAGUGCCAGAAAUAUUGUCAAGAUACAAUGCAAUGCACUGGUAACUCUGAUGGACAAGCAAGUGAAAGAAGACACAGAAUACAAACAGAUAGAGGCUAAAAACAAGCCUGUAUUGGAUGUUCUAGAGGCCGUUAGUGACUGUAUGUUGGGAUCUGUCCAGUCGAUAAUAGAAGGACCAGUGAACGUCCAAUCAGAUGAGAUAUCUCUGACGGUUCAACAGAUCGAGCCGACUGUUGAUACAUUUCAUGUUACAGCUGAUCCUGAGGACCAUGGUAACCCAGGUGGCUCCAUUUUUUUCCCCAAUGUCAUGAAGAGUGGAACAGACAAACCUUUCGACUUGCAGAUGAUGAUUAUGAAGAAGAAUCCAUUUCAGUGGUCACCAACGGCAGAUGAAGUGAAUUUACCAGUGAUGAAGAUCUCAGUAAAAAAUGAUGGGAAAAGCCUUAAUUCAUCAGAUCUGCCUGUGCCAGCAGACAUCUUCAUAUCAAUAAACUUAUCUAAUGUGAUGGAAGAAGACAAAAUGUACACCUUGAAUGUCUCAAUAGACACUACCAGUCAUAAAGUGAAAAAUUCUAGUACUGUACGAGUAGCUAUUCCAGUAAUUGAAGGGAAAACACAGGUUGUGAAAAUUUUUGCUGUAGAUUCGUCGCUGAAACUAGAGGUGGUUUUGGGAGCUAGUGAAUCCAAAGUAAGCUUCAGGAAUCUCGAAUUGCAUGGGUUUGACUGGCCAGUGGAAGAUGGAGCUCGCUUGACAUACAAGAACCAUAAGCAAGAUCCACAUCUAUUAUACUUACCAGAACAUAUUCUUGGAACGAACGACACUAAUUUCUAUCUUGUUAUUAGAGUUAAGAAAGGUCAGAUUUUCCAUGGUAAAGUUGAUAAAUCACGCAGACUGCAGAUUCAGAUUGGCAUACAGACAUUUACUGUUGAGUGUUCUUACUGGAAUGAGGCACAUGAAGAGUGGAGACAGGAUGGUUGUAUGGUCAGUCCCUUUACAACUGUAACAACUUUACACUGCUGGUGUAGUCAUUUGACUGUGUUUUCUGGUGGUAUUUUUGUUUCACCCAACACUGUCGAUCCAAUUGGUGAUAUAGCCUUGUUCCUGACAUUUUUCGACAAUCCUGUGGUCGUCACCCUCGUUCUUGCUGUUUGGAUUCUGUUCAUUAUGUUGCUCUUCUGGGCACGCAGAGUAGAUCAGAAUGAUUUAAGAAAGACUGGUAUCACAAUGCUUGGUGACAACUUUCCUGGAGACCACUAUGUGUACAUGAUCUGCAUGGUCACUGGCUGGUGGGCGCAGGCUGGUACCACCUCCAGAGUGUUCAUGUACCUCUGUGGGAAGAGAGGAAGAUCUUCACGGCAUGCCAUGUUUGACAGCAAUAAGGAACUCUUCACAUCUGGUGCGGAGAACUGGUUUCUACUCAAGACCAGCGGAAGUCUGGGCCACAUUAAAUCUGUGGUUAUAUGGCAUGACAACAGUGGACAACAGCCAUCUUGGUACCUGAAAGAAAUUGUUGUCAAGGAUGUCCAGACUGAAGAGGUAUGGCACUGUGUCUAUGAUGAAUGGCUCAGCAUUGAUAAAGGACUGGGAACUCUUCAAGCAGACAUCCCAGCCAUUGAAGAUGCAACUUUUGCAAAGAAGCGUUUCUACCAGUUCAUGCACACAACUAGUCGCGACUUCCGCAAUGGACACAUCUGGAUCAGCAUCUUCUCCAAACCUCCGACAAGCCAUUUUACGCGUAUCCAGCGUCUCACAUGUGCUCUCUGUAUUCUCCUGUCGACAAUGCUCACUAACAUCAUGUUCCACGGAAUUCCACGAGAUGAUCCCAAGGACCAGAUCGAUUACGGAGAUUUUCACCUCUCACUGGUGGACUUUGUAAUCGGAAUCCAGAGUGCCCUGAUAGUGUUUCCUGUCAAUAUGAUCAUCAUCUUGUUGUUUAAAUUAACCAAUCCGAAACCUGACACUGUACUGAAAUCAGAGGAACCUGUGGAUGACAAGCUGAAACCUGACACUGUACUGAAAUCAGAGGAACCUGUGGAUGACAAGAUGAAACCUGACACUGUACUGAAAUCAGAGGAACCUGUGGAUGACAAGAUGAAACCUGACACUGUACUGAAAUCAGAGGAACCUGUGGAUGACAAGAUGAAACCUGACACUGUACUGAAAUCAGAGGAACCUGUGGAUGACAAGAUGAAACCUGACACUGUACUGAAAUCAGAGGAACCUGUGGAUGACAAGAUGAAACCUGACACUGUACUGAAAUCAGAGGAACCUGUGGAUGACAAGAUGAAACCUGACACUGUACUGAAAUCAGAGGAACCUGUGGAUGACAAGAUGAAACUUCCGGAGAAAAAGAAAAAUUUCUUUUCUAAGUUAAGAUGUUGUUUACUGCAUUCUUGCUGGAACACAAUUUGCCAUUGGCAGCAUCAGAUAAAGCUGGGCCAUUGUUCACCACCAUGUUCCCGAAGUCAGAAGAGGCUCGGGCGUUUUUAUUAGCGAAAACAAAGACAUUCUGUCUACUGAAAACGUUUGCCACAGAAUCUCAAUUGGACUUGGUCAAGGCUAGGAAAAGUGGGCCUUUUUCUCUGGUGACUAAUGGAGGGAAUGACCGAGCGAUGGAAACGACCCUCUACCCGCUGGUCAUAAGUUUCUUCUGACCUGGAAAGGGGAGAUCAGGACAUGCCUGCUGUGUGUCGUCCUUGGACAAGGCGGGUACAGGCCUUAACACUGCAGAACUUCUCAUGGGGAAAUUUCCAGACUUGGUAUUGACGAGAUGACCUGGAAAGAAAACUGCAUUGCCAUCGAAACUGACAAUGCACCAGUAAUACUCGUCACAAGUAAUGGU